CAGAAGGACCUUUGGCGAAGGCAGCAAAGGACGUCACGAGAUCGGUAUCGCUUUUGAGCAAUAGCAGCCACGGUGAUCGUUAAGUUCUGAAACGUGUUCUUUUGGAGAAAAUAACGGAAAAGUUCCUCGUGAAAGCAAAAGUUGUUCGCCAGCAGACGAGAAGAGACCGUUGGGAUAUGUUUGAGCAUUUGUGUUGAGUGGCAGGAGUGAAGAGUGAAAGUGAUAUAAUCUGUUUGCGCGAUCAAUUUGUUGGUUCUGGAUGAGUGUAUCCGUUACCAUUGGAGCAGCAAACAUGUCAUCGUUGGUCCAAAGAUCGCUGCUGGCGCUUAUGUUGGCGCUGCUCCAGUGCCUGCUGGCUGUCCCCGUGAUCGAAGUCAACGGGAGCACCGUCGUACAGUUGCUGUUCGAUGAGACGAGCGCACUGUUUGGGAAUGCCUCGGACCGUAUUCCCGAUACCGUGGUAUACCGGAAGGAGUACGAUUUCGUGGUGAUUGGUGCUGGAUCUGGUGGUUCGGUGAUGGCUAAUCGGCUGUCGGAGAUGCGUGAUUGGAGCGUACUGCUGCUGGAAGCUGGCAAGGAAGGCAACAUGAUCACCGAGGUGCCACUAACGGCCGGAAUCACAUCUAUUACAGGCUAUAACUGGGGCUACAAGGCCGAUCCGAGCACCGGUGCCUGCCUCGGGUUGGAGGGUGGCGUGUGCAACUGGCCCAAAGGACGUGGAUUGGGAGGUACCAGCCUGAUAAAUUAUCUCAUUUACACCCGCGGCCACCGGCGCGACUACGACGGUUGGGAACAGGCGGGCAAUCCGGGCUGGGGCUACCGGGAUGUGUUGCACUACUUCAAGAAGCUCGAACGCGUUCAGAUCCCAUCGCUCCGGAACUCUCCCUACCGCUCAACGAGCGGCCUGGUGGACAUCGAAGAGUCCAGCUUUGAGACCCCGCUGCUGAAGCGCUUCCUCGAGGCUGGCAAAAGGCUCGGAUACGAGGCGAACGACUCGAACGGCGAGAUUCAGCUUGGGUUUGGCAAAGCGCAGGCUACGAUGCGCCGGGGCCGCCGGUGCAGUGCGGCCAAAGCAUACCUCUCACCAGCAGCCAAGCGCUCCAACCUGGACAUCUCGAUGUACUCGCGCGUCACCAAGAUUCUGAUCGAUCCCAUCACGAAACUCGCGUACGGUGUGGAGUUUGUGAAGCAUCGGCGUCGCUACGUCAUUCGUGCCCGAAAGGAAGUGAUCCUGGCGGCCGGUGCCAUCGCUUCCCCGCAGCUGCUGAUGCUGUCGGGCGUCGGUCCAAAGAGCCAUCUGCAGGAGCUGGGCAUUCCGGUUAUACAGGAUCUUCCGGUCGGCCAUAAUCUGCAGGAUCACGUCAAUCUGCCGGGGUUGGUGUUUCCGGUCCAGCAACCGGUUACCGUUCGUGAGCGAGACAUGCGUUCACCCAAGUACGCUCUCGAGUAUUUUCUCCAGGGUCGUGGACCAUUUACCGUCCCUGGUGGUGCCGAAGGAGUCGCCUUCGUUAAGACAAACAUCAGCUACACACCCGCUGACUAUCCGGAUAUUGAGCUGGUGAUGGGCAGCGGAGCGUACAACAACGAUGAAUCUGGGACGCUCCGUGCGGCGAUCGGGAUCACCGAAGAGUUCCAUCAGCGCACGUACGGGACGAUCUUCGGGAAGCACGCCUUCUCCAUCUCCCCGGUACUGAUGCGCCCGAAGAGCCGUGGCCGGAUCUAUCUCAAGAGCACCAACCCAUACCAUUGGCCCCACAUGGAAGGUAACUUCUACUCCAACCCCGACGACCUGGUGGUACUGCGUGAGGGCGUGAAGUUGACGCUGUCGCUGGUCGAGAACUCACCAUCGUUCCAAGCACUCGGAGCGUACCUUCACCGGACACCGUUUCUCGGUUGCGAAGGUCCCCCGUUCCGUAGCGAUGAGUACUGGGAGUGUGCGAUACGCCAGAUCGGCAGCAGUUUGCAGCAUCAGUGCGGUACCUGCAAGAUGGGACCGGCCACCGAUCCUGGAGCGGUUGUUAAUGCCCAGCUACAGGUGUACGGUAUCCGGGGGCUACGCGUGGUUGACGCAUCGAUCAUGCCAACGAUCCCAGCAUCGCACACGAAUGCAGUCGUCUUUAUGAUCGGUGAAAAGGCCGCCGAUAUGGUGAAGGAGUACUGGGUCAACGAGAUACGUUAGGGGGGGAGGGGGACGCUCGCGUCGCUACAUCCUUCCUCUCUUCUACCCUCUAGUCAAUUGGCACAGGAUGGCCACUGGGCACAGCGUGUGCCACUGCAUCGGUAACACCAACCAUUUCCAACAGUGUAACACCACCACGGGAACGGUGGAACUCGCGUAGGAAUUUAGACAAAAUA